AUGCAGAAAGCAACCUCAAAUAUAGAGAUGUUAAGGAUGCAAGCACUAUCAAUUCUUUGUACACCUCGCCCUUUCCAUGAUUUUUCUUGCUUAGCUCCCAUUCAAGAUAAAGUUGAUCCAUGUUGUGGCACAAAGGACGAAAUUAGUGACGGCGGUUCUUUUGAUUUUGAUGAAUUUACUUUCAUUCAAGAUAACCUUGAUCCAUAUUGUAGCACAAAAAACCAAAUUAACGGCGACAAUUUUUUAGAUUUUGAAUUCUUUGCCCCCGUUAAAGAUAAAUAUGAAUCACAUUGUAGCACCAAUCAACAAAUUCAAAAAAGUGAUGAAGAAAAUAAUGAUGAACGAGAAUUUAGUUUUGCAUGCACAGAUGUCCAAGGAAUGCAUAUAUUUGCAGAUGACAUAUUUGAAAAUGGAAAAAUGCGAACAUUAAUCCCUAAUUUUGACCAAUCUCUUCAAUUCUUCCCUACCACAAAUAACAAUGCUUCACAUCUUCAACCUCCGUUAAAGAAAAUUUUCAUCAAGAAUUCCAUAAGUCCACAAUCAAUAUUGGAUGGUAUUUCCAAAGAAACUCAAAAUGAGUUAUUGCAAAAUAUGACAAUGAAGGCUUCAAGUGAGUGUUAUGAAAAAAGAAACUCCACAGGGCCAACAAGUGUUUGGAGAUUUAGACAAAAUUUGGACCUUGGAAGUAACAUUGACAAUAAGGAGUCUUUUGUUAUAUUGAAUCCUUCGGUGCCAAAAACGUCAAUCAAGCCCAAAGUAGAAAACAUCAUUGUUAAAAAGAGGAAGGGAGAACAACCCAAAAACACAUUAACGGCUUAUGAGAAGCUUUAUGUGACAAAUAAAGCGAGAAAAGGGAACAAUAAGCGAAGAUCGGUUUUGCCAUACAAACACCAACUAUUCGGAUUCUUUACCAUCAUACACGGAUUGAGUAGGAACCUGCACCCCUUUUGA